AUCCAGAAGAGGAAGAAGGAGGAGGCAGAAAGAGAGGAAGGUUUUUAAAAGGGUGUGUUUCUACUGUUUGAGAGUCUGAGGCAACUACAGGACACAGCCUCACAUGUCGUGAGCGGAGUUUUGCUGAGGAUCAAAACAGAUUCACACUGUUCAGUUUGAUCAGAUGUGUGGAGAUGGAGCACAGCAGCAGUGUGAGCGACUUUCAGCAGCUGUGGGGAGGUUGGACCAUCCUGGUGAACUACCUCUACAGUGACCCCAGGGUAUCCCAGCUGAUGAACACAAGAAUCGGGCAGUACCUCAGAAGCCACCCUGCCUUAUCUCUGGCAGUGUUGCUGUUCAGCGCCAUGGCUGCACUGCCUGUUGGCCUUUUCCUCACUUUUGCUCUUGUGACCAUUAUUAUGUCGGCAGUAUGUUUUGUUUUCUUUGAGGCGUUCCUGUUGUUUGUAGGAGGCUUGAGUCUGCUGUGUGUGCUCUCCGGCAUCGCCCUCUUCUCUGUCGUGGUUUCAUUCAUUGCUAAGGUGUUUUAUAUCACUGUCUCCAACUUCCUCAAAUACUAUUACCCACAUCUGACACAGGAAGGUAAACUCCAGGGGAAGGAGAGUGAAACAGAAGAGCAUGACUGACAAAAAUAAAGUAGCUUGAUCCUCCUUCUCUCUUGUGUACAGAGUGAGCGUACAGAGGCCUUAUAUCAGCACUACUGAAACUUGAUGGAUGGGAUUCAGACAACCCUUGAAUGUAAUGGAGGGCAGCUUGAGUCUGAUAUCUGCAGAUCUUAACGGAUUUUCUAAGGACAAAGACUCCCUGGUGGUUACUGUAUCUUUUAUAUAUGGUCCAGUAAGUGUAAAAUGUCUACAAGAGCCAAAGCUAAUGUGACUACUCUUUCAACUGCCUUAACUGUCAAAUAUUGAAGGUGUAUUUAAAUCUGACCCAUACAUAUCUUGAAAUGCUUAUUUCAAGUACUAAAGUAAAAGAGGAAAAUGUUGUGUAAAUGUGAAAAUGUGCACUUUAUCCAAAAAGGUCUAUUGCCUAUCAGGCAAAAAAAUCAAAAAUCAUCACAAAUGAUAAUGAAUGCACUACAAAAUAAAUGUUGCAUGUUUGUUUGCUGUUACUGUAAAAGAGGACAAUGUACAUUUCUAAUACGGCUUUGAAUAAAUGCUCAUUGACUCUCA